AUGGUCUCUUUCGCCAAAUUCGCUGUCCUCGCCUCGUGUGUAGCCUCUGGGCUGGCCGCAUCCCCCUUCUUCACCAGACAGGGCACAUACGAGGAGGUCUUAGUCGCCAUGAAGGCUGUUGGUGGACAGGUUGGAACUCUUCACGCCGCCAUCCAAGGUUUCCCUUCUCCAGGAACGCUUCCCGCUGGAUUGCAAAUCCAUAUGAAUGCUACGGCUUUGGUCAAGGGGCUCGAUACCUGGACGACUACCACCUCCACUUUGGGUCAGUUCGACGCCCCGCAAUGUCGCGAGCAGUUGGAUAUCGUCAAGACGUUCAGGCCCGAGAUCGAAGGCUCCUUGACCGGCAUCGUUGAGAAGAAAGCAGCCAUCGCUGCCCUCCCGAUCGGUGGCAUUGUCAACUUGAUCAAACAGGAUCUGGGACUCCUGAACGCCGCCACAGAAAAGUUUGGUAAUACCAUCAUCACAGCUUGCCCGGCUGAUAUGCAAGACGAGCCCAAGGAGACACAGGCCAAGAUCGCUGAGGCAUUCAAAGUAGCUAUUGGCGCGUACAAUGCUUGA